CCUGUCACCCUGUCACCCUGUGAUCCUCCAGUACCUCCGCUGCAUCCAUAAACAAUCCCUUCUCCUGCGGGUCAAUGCACCCCCAACUUCAGGGCCCUGCCCAAAUGCGAUUCGCUUCCUCCUGAUCCUUUCAUCCCUUUGUUCUUUAUCCCUCGCAACCAUGCCUAUGACCUAAUUCAACGUUCCUCAUCAUGUGCUAAUCAUCAAAAGCCUUGUUGACAACGAUGCUUGCCAGUGCUCCUGUCAAUCCUCCUCCAUCAUGCCCAUCACGACUGUUGGCGUAGGAGCUGCCGUCACUCCAACUGUUGUCAAGACUUAUAUUGCUCAUUAUGCUAACCGCAAGCCCCGCCAUGAAAAACCCACUGCACACAUUUCUUAUGAUGAAGGCCUCCACCUGAUCCGCUCCUUUCUCCAAUAUGCCUCGCAUCAUACAGUCGAAGACCUGCAAUCAUUUACCGCUCAAUGGGUCCCCAAUCCGUCUUGGGUCCGCACCGAGAACGUCGCAAUUCCCACGGAAUAUAUAACAAAGGCAGCCGACAUCCUUGUACAGCAACUCGGCAAAACAGGUGUUCAUGAGGUCGGUGGCACCAAGUGGUGGCAAUGGAGGCUCAAAGAUGCCCCCCUCAAGGCUGAAUGGGUCGAGAUGAAAGCCCAUUAUAAUGAACAGAAGAAAAAAGGCGGCAAAAGCAGACGGGUCAUAAUGUACAUCCAUGGUGGCGCCUACUUCUUUGGCAGCGUCGAUGAACAUCGAUAUCAACUUCAACGCCACGCACGGAAACUCAAAGCACGUGUCUUUGCCCCGAGAUAUCGCCUGGCCCCCCAGUUUCCCUUUCCCUGCGGACUUCACGACUGUCUUGCCGCUUAUCUCUAUCUGCUCAGCAUCCAUGAUCCUACCGAAAUCAUUUUCACCGGGGAUUCGGCUGGUGGUGGUAUGGUGGUAUCAAUUCUAUGUAUGCUUCGAGAUAGGGGCCUGCCGCUCCCCGCUGGUGCCAUUUUGAUCUCCCCUUGGGUUGACUUGACACAUUCAUUCCCAAGUCUCGUCGAAGCCAAUGAUUUCGACUACAUUCCCCCUCACGGUUUCAUGCAGAAACCUUCCCUGUCAUGGCCUCCCCCAACAAAUGAUGAGCGUCAGGCCAUUCUCAACGCAGCCAAGGGAACGCAAGCCAAAACCAGGACCAAGUCUGCUGGCUCAGGCGAACCACCACCCGAGUCUUCAGGAGAUCAAAGCGGUAUACCAUUUCCUGAUUCGGCCUCUCCUGAGAUAGACGGAGACAAAAGAGAUGGCACAGGCCCUCAAUUCCCAUUGACCGUCGAGAUCGAUGGCCAGCAUGUAACAAUAAACGAUCAGAUCCAGAUGUACACCACUAAUCAGCUACUUGCACAUCCUUUGGUAUCGCCAGUGCUGCAACCAUCUCUUGGUGGUCUACCACCUUUAUUGAUCUUGACCGGCGGAGGAGAAGUCCUCCGCGACGAACAAAUAUAUCUUGCGCACAAAGCAGCAAAUCCUACCAGAUACCCAUUAGGUCCGGCUUAUCGGCAGACAUACGAUCCUGACGAUCACGUCCUCCACAAGUACCGUCCUACUCCUGUGCAGUUACAAGUGUGGGAAGACCUAUGUCAUGUUGCUCCGACCCUUUCGUUCACCCGUCCUGCCAAAUACAUGUACAGAUCUGUCGCGCAGUUUGGAGCUUGGGCGUUGGCCAGAGCUCAGAGACGCGCCAUCGAGAUUGUCGACGACGACAAUAUCUCCAUCAUCUCGUCGCGUUCGGUGAGCGAGGAUGACGAAGCAGGCGCACGUGACUCAUCAAACGAUAGCCUAGCCAGACAAAAGCUUGAUCCGGCUAAAUCAACAGGAAACGUUGGACGAGCUGGUGAUGCAAUCCCGAAUUUUGAGAACAACAUGAUCAGGCAGCGUAUCGACAGAUAUGGCAGAGUCUAUCCUCUUGCGGAGCCUUCAGACUUGCCAGCAUUGCGAAUGAACCCAGACGAUGUCGGUACUGUUAAACCAGGACCAGUUCGAAACUGGUUGGCUGCAAAAAUGACCUGGGAUUCAAAAUACGCCAGCGCAAGAACGAAGGUCCAAAGGGAAAGGAUCCGAGCUUUUGUCAACGGAGAGAUCCGGCCUUUCGACAAGAACGAGCAUCCUCCACCAAGUGCUCUCGCUGGAAGACGAACAGACCAAGAUCUUUAUGUUCGCAAGAAACGAAAGAGCUACGGACUUGCUAUGUGGAGUAUGUGGGGAAGCAAACAUGACGAAGCGACUCUGAAAAGAGAAGAAGAAGCUGUGGAGCAGGAAAAAGACCAGCCGUCGACUAUUGCGACGCUUGACGCUCCGUCUGAGAAUACUACCGGUCUUCUCGACGGCCAGCACGACAUUGCUUUGCCUUCGACCCCCUACAGUCCUGAUCGAAGUCGCCAAAGUAGAUCUCGUGGUCGUGGCCGCAGCACAAGCAAUAGAAACAGAGCUGCUAGCAGCUCCAAGUCUAUGCCUGGAGGUCGCCGACGGACUAUUUCAGUCACUGAUACUGGCCAGACAUUAGGGCUUGCCCCUUCGUCCCCGUGUCACGAAGCUCCGAUUGAAGAAAAUAGAGAGUCGCAAGCUGAGCUGGCCACCUCCAGCGCGAAACCUGGCGCAGUUGUCCCACCUAUGAUUGUCACAGAUGCACCAGCAGAGCCAUCCCCAGUCUCACCAGAUCCGUCCCUCCUCUCCGCUGGAUUUAUUCCUAGAUUCAAAACAGCAUCGCACCUCCGCGAUGACUCGGCAGGCACACAUGUUCUGUCGGACACGGCCAGCGUGAUGACGGGUCGUAGUGCGGUUGUGCCAGAUGAUGCGUCAACUCGAGCCGUCUUUUCUGUGCCUGGUGUCAUUUCUGCGGACAAUCAAGUGGAGACAGGGACGUCUAGCGAGGUUACAGCAGAUUCAGUCAGACCCGGCAGUCCAUUGGCCAUGGAAACUAAAAGUGUGUUAUCAGAGGACUUUGAUGAAAGCAGCCACGGCCGUCCUGGGAAGCAUACCGGCAAUGACACUCCACGAAGUCAAAUGAGUCUAGAAAGAUUGCGUGGGCAUCAGCAGGACGAAGGAAUGGGGAGACUAUCACCCCUCCGCAGCCCCAGCACGACUGCGGUAAUGAAGAUGGAAGGAGUUGUUGGUAUUGUUGAUGAUGAGGGUCAAGACGUCGAAAAUGAUGAUGUCGAGACGCCAAAAGCGGUUUCCGACUCUAAUAUCGGUAUCUUGAAUCAGAUACCAGGUGGAAGUAGUGGAACAGACACACAAGAGAGGCCGACUUUGUACGAGCGCAGUGACAGCGAGUUCCAAACGGCCAUGGAGAAGCUAUAAUUUGACAAAGCGUGGUUUCGAACAAAUUGGACUGGUGGAACAGGUGGACUUGGGUAUACAUUAUAUUGGAUGUACAUUAUUGGGCUACGGCAGGUGUGGGAAGGGGGAAGGAAAUGUACAAUAGGGGAUGAUGGUUGUAUUUUGUUGAGACAUUACCAUACGUAUCAACAAAGGAUAUCACUUUUAUCAAGGACGUUGUUAAGUGGAUGCUUCAAUGAUCUCAGAUACCUAUUCAGUUUUGA